CAUAUCUAUAGGGUACUUAGCUCGACACCUCAGUAGGUUAGGUACAGGAAGUAUUUAGACUCGAGAAUAACAACAGAAACACGAAAACUUUCUCGGCAUCUAUCGAUCCCUUUCACGUGGGACGUUCCCGUACAACGUCGCCAUAGUAACGGCGUCCUGGGGAAUCGGCCAUAGUCACGUGAUUGUAGCUUUUACCUUGCAAUGAGCUUUAUAACUCUGUGACAGUCAACAGCGGAGGGUGUACAUACUAAGAAACAGAUAUGAGUUUUUUAGGGAAAAAAUCCAAGGACAAAAAAAGAGAGCGCGAACUCAAGCAAAAACUGGGUAUCGACCAGAAGGUUCUUGAGGAUUUUCAGAAGACGUUUCGUUUGAUGGACCGUGACAAUAGUGGCAGCAUCUCUCACGAAGAGUUCAAGGACGUGAUGACCCAGAACAAGUGCCGCUCCUCCGACCAGGAGAUUAAGGACAUGAUAGCCAAAGCCGACCUCGAUAACAGCGGGUCGAUUGAAUUCGAAGAGUUUGCAGAAAUGAUGGCGGUAAAGUACAAAGAAAAUAAAGCACUUGAGACCGAGAUCAGAGAGACCUUUGCAAAGUUCGACACAAACAAGGACGGCUACAUCUGUCGGCGGGAGCUGCAGGAGGGGAUGAAGUGGAUGGGUGAGAAGCCGCUCACGGACGCCGACGCCGACGACAUCAUCAGAUGCGCAGACAAAGAUGGGGACGGGGUCCUCUGCAUGAAAGAGUUCGCCCAGUACAUCAUCGAGAACCAAUAACCUCGCUCUCCAUGUGUCACGUGCCUUUACUAUAUACAUAUAAUCAUCCUGUGCUGUCAUGCGCAAUCACCGCUAACACCGACUUCCUGUCCGGUCCUUACUAUUCGUACUUCACAGAUUUUCUUCAACCGCUAUCCAAAACCGUCAAUACGCCGGUUCACACGCAGUGUAUUGCGGAAAUAAACAAAUAUUUAUGACGCACAGAACUUAUAACCAAGAUGAAGAGUGAUAUUUCGCCUUCGCCGGCUACAACAUGUAGUGUAAGAACCAAGACCACAGAACAGGAUCAGUCAUUAAAGAAUACAAAGGGUUUAUUGGUAUAUGAAUUCGUAAUAAACACAAAUCUUUUUGCCGGGUAACCAACUGUUUCAGUUACCUGAUGAUUUUUUAGAUUCCUUAAUCUAGCGUCCGUGCUUGGUAUCAGUAAACGAAUUAGUACUAGAUAGAAACUGGUACCGAAAACAGCACCUUAAUCGUUUUAGAAGAGCUAAAUAUAAAUUUAUGGUUGGAUGACUAAGUGUAUGAACGAGAGAGAAAGGUGUCAGGCAAAUAACUGCUAUAUUAAGCAGAGAAGGGUGUAACACUGACGGCGAACAAGGGGCGGUCGGGUAGCCUAGUGGUUAAAGCGUUGCUCGUCACGCCGAAGACACGGGUUCGAUUCCCGACAUGGGUACAAUGUGUGAAGCCAAUUUCUGGUGUCUCCCGCCGUGAUAUUGCUGGAAUUUUGCUAAAAGCGGCGUAAGACCAUACUCACUCACUGACGGCGCACACAGGAAGUGGUCGUGGACUGGGUCAGUGACGGCGACUGACGGUGUAUGCGCCUGUGAGUAUUGGUCCUUCCCUUCCCCGGGGGUAACAUCAGGGGGUUGUCAGGUUUGGAAGUAACGAUACGGGAUCCACGUGUAUCCAACGCAGUCCUUUCUUUCUAGGGGUUAGCGUUCCUGGUGUUAUAGUUACGGGGGACAAACCCAGUAUCCCACACCGCCCUUCCAUCCCCAGGGGUAACAUCUUGUUGUUAGCGUGCCUGGUGUUAUAAUUACGGGGGACAGGGUCCACAAGUAUCUCUCACCAUCCCAGGGCGUAUGAUAAAACGGGGUUAGACUCCCACCCACCACCCACCACCCACCACCCUCCGCGAGUGCAACUUUAGUUUCGAAAACCCAGCUUGGGUGAAACAUGGUUAGGGUGCCGUUCCGCGAUCUUAACACAACGAUGUCAGUCUCCAUGUUAAAGUAUAGGGUUACGAUCGUCUUAGCGCUAAGAUCGCUCUGUGGAUUGGGUUUUUGCUGUCGACAUCUCUUCCUGACGUUUCUGAAUUAUUUGGUGUGCUAACCCCAGGGAUCAUGCUUCUAGUCAGGGUGAAGCGGGUCGAUGUGGCCGCAUCUACUUCUUGCAUCUUCCAGGAACUCUAAAGUACCCGGAUAUGAUCAACCCACGUCAACCUAUAGAUAUUUACCACCAUUGUGUCUGUUGUGUGCGUAUAUGUGUAUAUGUGUUGUGUAUCACAAAGCUUGGCCUUAGCUAAAUAUACAACCAACUAAACCUGACAAACAGGAUCAAAUACCAAAGAGAAAAUCUAUAGAAGUGAAAUCGAAGAGAUAAUCAACACUUCCAAUAUCGAUCAGAUACUAUUUACAAAUAGGAAGUAUUGUUCCAAUAGUGUAAAUUUCAGUUCAAACAAUUUCCUCAUUAUUGGAAAACCAGAAGCGUUUUUGCAAUAGCUUAUUUUUGCUCGUAACAUGAAAAAACAUCAGUUACGUUAAUGGUAGCUAUAGCUUUAAGCACACCCAAUCCGGAAAAAAAGUUGUUUUCAUAUUAUUGGUGGGCGGAAUUGGCAAUGAAUUACAACCAAGCUGUUUCCAAUCGUCCAGAGUCAAUUAGCUUUUUGUUACAGUCCCCACUCUGAAGGGUUGUUGGUUAAAUGGAAAGGCUUUAGUAAUGAUAUAUUCUUAAGUGUCUUUGAAAUUACAUGUCUAUGUAUAAAUGCUCCGAUAUUAAAUAUGCAGUCAUAUGCACAUUAUAUAAA